GGUCACCAUGAAGGCCACACUGCUCCUACCGGCGGCGCUCCUCUUCGCCUACAGCACCCUUGGCGCCGGGGUGCCCUUCGCUCUGUGGCAGUUUGGAGGCAUGAUCCAGUGCUAUCAGCCAGGAGUUAAUCCCUUCCUCUACAACAACUACGGCUGCUGGUGUGGCUUUGGGGGCUCUGGGAUCCCAAGGGAUGGAGUGGACAGGUGCUGCAAUGCUCAUGACCUCUGCUACCAGGCCGCCAGGAAGAAUCCAGAAUGUCGCCCCCUGGUGGAUGUGCCAUACACCAAGCAGUACGACUAUACCUGCACUGCUUCUCAGGUCGAAUGCUCAGCCUCCAAUGACGCCUGCCAGGCUGCCGUGUGUGACUGCGACCAGGCUGCAGCUUUGUGCUUCUCCCAGCACACAUACAAUCCAGAGAACAAGAACCUGGACAAGAGCAUCUACUGCAAAUGAGGCCACAUCACCAAGAGGAGAGCGAUGAUGAGGUAGUACUGGUGUGAUCUAUGACAGCCUGCCUCAAUCAGCUUUUCUGUAUUCUCAAUGAUUCACAUAAUUAUCUUACAUAUUCACAAUGUGCAGCAGAUUCUAUGGAAACAGAAAAUGUGGCAGGGCCUUCCGAAAGUAACCUAUCAGUGUUGGCAAUAAAGUUAUAUCUGUCA